UGCUCAUUUAUGCGGAAGCCGGGUUUCUGCCAUAGUAGACAAGUCAUCCCCUAAACAAAACUUACAACGCAUGUAUAAACCUCUAGGAUAACUCGACUUUAUUUCAUUAAUUGGUGAACCAUGUCAGAGAUUGAUAGCAAUCCCUUUGCUGACCCACAAGCAGCAAAUCCGUUUGCGGACCCGUCUGUUCAGCAGGCAAGAGGUGGUCAGCAAGCUGGAACUGGGGCAGUAGAUGAUUACAAUCCGUUUGCGGAGGGAAAUCAGACGAGGCCCACCGCAGGGUCAAUGAGUGGUGAACCAUUAUUAAAACAUGGACCAAAUGACACCUACUCUUCGCAAACUAUACCCCCUCCACAGGCAGCUCCGACGCAGCCAGCAAUAAUGCAGCCGUCAAAUGAACCUCCCCCUUACACGGAGAGUUCAGCUCAGAGAGUCAACACAGAUGACCUACAAAAAAGACAAGAGGAAUUAGAGAGAAAAGCUGCAGAACUACAAAGGAAAGAACAAGAAAUGAAAAACAUGCAGAUUAAUGAUCGAGCAAACAAUUGGCCACCUCUUCCCAAAUUCUGUCCAGUUGGACCUUGUUUUUAUCAAGACUUCAGUGUAGAUAUUCCUAUGGAGUUCCAGAGAACUGUGAAAUUCGUUUACUACAUUUGGUUAUUUUAUGCGUGUGUUCUCUUUCUCAACAUAUGGGCCAGUUUGGCGUAUUUCAUUGCUGACUCUAGCGGGGGUGCUACAUUUGGCAUGUCCAUUGUGUGGUUUGUCCUGUUCACCCCUUGCUCAUUUAUAUGUUGGUACAGACCCCUGUACAAAGCAUUCAGAUCAGACAGCUCAUUCAGCUUUUUCGUAUUUUUCUUCAAUUUUUUCUUCCAAGCCAUUUGUUGUAUUGUCAUGUUGAUAGGCAUCACAGAUUUCACAGUUGGCAUCUUCAAUGGCCUGACAAUGGCCGGACACAAGAAUGAUGGGGAGGGAGUCAGCCACUUGGGUGCUGGACUGGCCAUGAUUUUUGUGGGAAUCAUGUUUGGCCUCUUAGCCCUGUUAGAAUUUGUUAUGCUUGUUAAGGUGCACAGAAUCUACAGAAGCACGGGAGCUAGUUUUGACAAGGCCAAGCAGGAAUUCUCGACCGGGGUCAUGAGGAAUGAGACUGUGCAGGGCGUGGCCUCUAAUGCCGCCCAGGGAGCAGUCAAAGGCAUGGCCAGUCAGUACGGGUCCAACAACAAGUAUUGAAGCAUCACAUAUGCCCUCGCCCAGGGCCAUAUUGGGAUCAUAGGAGAUUACAUGUUAGAGGUGUGCCCUGAAGACGUAAAGCAUUCAUUGUGUAUGAACUUUGUGGUACUGAAGUAUUUUUUAAGUUAUGGAGUUAUAGUUUAUUUAUAUUUUCAUUUGUUAUUGAAUGGCAAAGACUUGUAGUCGUGUGUGGACAUUUGUGAAUGUCAGAUCCAUGGUUCAUGUACAAGAAGUCUAAGACGUUUCACCCAGUAAACAUGUUUAGAGAGCUAUAAGCAUCCCCUGCUUUAUUUAAGACCUUUGUAUACUUUAAAAAAAAAAAAGUAUAUUCAUUACAUCAUUAUUUGGUACUGGAUACAUUUUGCUAAUUUUAUUUAAUUAUGAUUAAUAAUGCACAAGUUUUGAUAAAGCAAAUAAGAAAUAAAAUAUAUGUAUCAAAACAUGAGGCUUGAAUCGCUUAAAAUCACAUUGCUUUUUUCCAUUUUGAUAAAAUGCAAAUAUCCGUCACUUAGGCUUGCAUGCAGAUUCAUUUUACAAUUCUUGCCAAAAAUUGAUGAUGAAAAUAAUGACAUAGUGAAUGCUGAGGUAUACAUGAACAUGUAUAAAUCAAUAGAGAAAUAGCAGUCGGAUGUCCAUCUUAAUUUCUGUUCACCAAUGGUUGUUAGAACUUAAUAACUCUCCUUAACUCGAACAUGUAAUUAUUUCUUUUUCAAUAAGAAAGAAAAUGUCCUGUGUGAAACGAUAACAAUAACAAACAGCAUCUAAUUUUUAUGUGCUGGUUUUAUUUUCAUGUAGAGAAUUAUAAGUGUUAUUUGUGUUAAUGUCUAGAAAGUGCUGAAUGUACAUGUACAUGUGUUCAAGUCAUAUUUCACUGUGAUAAGAUUUGUUAAUAAGCUAAUCAUUUUCAGAUUUGGGUAAAAUUAGAAAUUAAACAAAUACCGGUACUUCUGUUGUCAGUGAAAAUUAAACAAUUUAUUUGAUCCAAAACAAUUACUUAAAUAAGAAUUGCCAAAAAUUUCUGUAAAGACCAAUUCUUUGUGAAUUAUGGAGAACUUUGAUUAACUUUGUUUGCCUGUCCCUUUAUUUGUUAUGAUAGUGUUUAAUAGAUCUUUGUCCAUUACUCAUGUAGCCCUUGCUCUUCUCUGUGGAACGGGAAGACUUUCAACAAUCAUAUCAUUUUCCAUGUACUUGUAUGCUAUAUAGUGGUUAUUAUUCUUGUCAAUGAUAAUUAUAUUCCUGUCUUCUUCUGUGUUGUAUAAUUUGAAUGAAAUUUCUAUCAUCUUGCUCCACAAAACAGAUGAGUUUCAGAUGGAUAAUUGUUCGACAUCUUUUUUUCUUCUUUUUUAUCUAAUUCCAUUGUGGUAUGUCUUGUUUAGAGUGAAUUACUAAUACAGUGGUAUUUCAGUUCUCUUUUGGUCACAAUCUUAAGUCUUAUUUACUUUUCUUUAAAAAAAUGUACCUUUUCAAUAUUCAACCUUAAAAUCUGCACUGUCUUUGAACAGGUAAUUCUCAGUGCAUCACGUAGAAUUGCAUGAAAUCCAAUGAUUUUUUUGUUAUUUUCUAGAGUAAGCACGUAGCUACUUAGCGGCAAAUGGAUUCUUGUGAUAGACAUGGUAAUAAAUUGAUGUACAUACUGUCGGUAGUUUAAUGGAACUAAGUUUUUGUUUCAUGAAGCUUUAAAUAGAAAAAUUGAAAAAAAUUGAAGUGAUGAAUAGAUAAUUAACCCAAAGAACAUUCCAAUAACGAUUUUAACAAAGUGAAAUGAACAAGCGGAUGAUGGUCGGAUUGUCAUCAGUUGCUGCAUAUGAUUGUUGUCUUUGUUUUGUGGAUAAACCAUGUAAAGAUAUGUACACCUUUCUGUUCUAAAGAAUAAACAUAUUAAAGCUGCAAAA